AUGAACACCAGCAAGGUUGUGCCAUCGCCGUUUCUGGCGGCUGUCGCCGACAUCGCCAAAGUACAACCGGAGGUGGCCGUGGCAGAGUUGGUGAAUCUGAUCGCCGAGGUCUUGACUCUCACUACGGAACAGAGCGUGCGCCAGGGCAACGCAGCGGCGGCGCCGUCCUUCUCAGCGUCACAUCCCUCGACGAUACUCAUCGACCACGACCGCGAGCACCUCUUGGACCAAGUCUUGGCUCAGGGCAAAUCGGUGGCCGGCUGGCAGAGUGCCUACGUGCUGGUACCGUCCGGCAAGACCGACAACCGCAUCAGAGGCCACGUCCACUCGAUCCACCAGUACGUCUCCACCGAGGACCCGGUAAAGACCGGUAUCCUGUCGGUUGGAUCGUGGAUGGACAAGAUCGUCCGCGACCGCAGCGCACCACCGCCGACGGCCCGUAGGCUUCUCUUCAUCGAAGAGUACGAGUACCAACUGCAGGCCACGAGCGGACUGGCCCAGAUCAUCGCCAACGGCGCACGACUGAACUUCGACAUCAUUGUCCUGCUGGGCACUUCUCCCGCCGGCACGAUCAGCCACUACGAUGGCGCUUUCAACCUCCGGCCGAGAGACAAUCGCUUUCCCACCAUACGCUGGUGCCACGAUGACCGACACGAAGACCCGGCCAUGGUCGCGCUCCGCGACCACGGCCACACCUUCGUAUCUCACGCCCACCUACCCAAGUGGAUGAUGUCGUUUGUAUAA